ACAGGUUAACAUUUAAAGGCUAAAAAAGUGGACUUUGCAUGAUAUGUCCCAGGGGGCGGGGCCUCAUUGGCAAGACGGAUGGACGUCACCCUCAGGCCAUAUUUGUCCUGCGGACCUUGACUUCAACACAUGCUCCAUGACCUGAAACAGGAGUAUCCUUUAAUCACUCACUCACUCACUCACUCACUCACUCACUCACUCACUCACUCACUCACUCACUCACUCACUCACUCACUGCAGCAGUGAGGGUCUGACCUGCUAACAUGUCUGUGGAGCUGGGAGGCCACAUCGUGGUGACUGGGACCAACAGGGGGAUCGGCUUGGAACUGGUCCGACAGCUGGCAGAGAAGACGGGAGUAGAAGCUCACAUUUACGCCUGCUGCAGGGAGCCUGAAGGCACCACGGCCCAGGCACUGAGAGAGCUCACAUUAAAACAUCCUGGAAAAAUUACAUUAAUCAAAUUAGACUUGGCAGACGAGGACAGUAUCUCAGCUGCUGUCCAGACAGUGGGUCAGCGGAUCGGACCUGAUGGGUUAAACCUGCUGAUCAACAAUGCUGCUGUCAACAAACCAGAUGGUAUGGCAUCGCUACAGAACGUCAGGAAGAGUGACAUGAUGGACGUGUUUGAGGUCAACGUUACAGGACCGUUUCUCCUCACAAAGAUGUUUCUGCCGCUUCUUCAGAGAGCAGUCAGCAGAAGCAAGGACAAAGGGGAUGAAAUGUCCUGCAGGAGAUCGGCCGUCAUCAAUGUGUCUUCUCUGGCCGGGUCCAUAGAGAAGUGUCCUGAGAACUUUCACUUUGCUCACAUAUACCCUUACAGGACCAGUAAGGCAGCUCUGAACAUGUUGACUCGCUGUCAGGCUGAAGACCUCAGCAGUCAGAACAUCCUGGUGAUGUGCAUCCACCCCGGCUGGGUUCGCACUGACAUGGGAGGAGAAGAGGCUCCUCUCAGCUCUGAAGACAGUGUUGUUGGUAUGCUGCGUGUGAUGUCAUCCCUGAGCAGGAAACACACCGGGACGUUGCUGGACUGGGAGGGCAACACGAUUGCCUGGUAGCAGUCACCAGAACACCGGACCACCCGGAAACAGAUUAAAAACUAUCAAUUCUGAAUUCAUCUUCAUUUUUGUCUCAGACAUAUUGGAAAUAAAACAAUUUAAAUCA